UAGUUUUUAUUUUAGAUAAAAUGAAUAUGAAAAACAGGAUAAGCAAUUUUCGCCAGUUUGCCCGUGAACGUCGAAAUAUAAAGUUCAGAAAAGCGAAAAUGUCCUCCUACGUGGUAACAUAUAAACAGGGAGAGUCCCCUCAGAUAGAAGCUGUUAAGGUUACCCUAAAAACCGAUACUGUGCUGUUCUAUUAUUCUAACGGUGAACGUUUGUCGUUUUUGGAAGAUAGUGACAUACAAACUUUUGACGAUACAGUGCCUGGGGAAGUCACCCUAUUUCUUCAUGGGCAACCAAACACACGAUUAGUAUUCAUAGAGCAAGUCCAAGUAGAUGCAUUUAUUGAAGCCCUCAAGCGAGUAUUAGCCUUCAGUAAUCGCCCAAGCCCCGAGUCGGGAAGAUCAACUUUAUCCUCAGCUUCAUCAUAAUAAUUGUGUUUUAAAGACAAGUGAUACGCCCUCUGACGGCGUAUUGCGUACUAACAGACACGUGCGUCUUGGUGGGAUACCAAGUUAGUGACGUUUCACGGUGUGGAGUGUUUGAGUGUUAUUUUCGGAAAAAUAAAUCAAACGGAGGCCAAUAUGGAUUGUAUUUUGAAAGACAUUAAUAAAAGAAGAUCCACUAGUAAGUCCAAUGUUAAUUGUUGCGUAUAUGGUUGCAAUGCAGUUAUGAAGAAAAACCCUGAACUAUUGUAUCACCGAUUUCCCACUGUGGAUCAAACGAUGUUAUAUACAGAUGCUUUUGGAAAUAAAGUUCGGGUUAAAAGACGUGUUCUCUGGGUGAAGAAUAUAAAAAUGGGUAAACCUGUACGUUCGAAUACAAGAGUGUGUUCUAGGCAUUUUACAGAAGAAGAUUAUAUCACCCCAAAUGAAUGUUGUUUUGCUAGGAGGGUUUUAAAAACAACUGCCAUACCAACUCAGAAUUUGCCAAAAGCAGGAGAAAGAGAUAUUGAACACAUGAUGAAGCAAAAGGAGAACAGGUUGAAGCGAUUAAACCAUCGUAGACAAAUCCAAGAGGAAUUAGUUGAAAAUGAGACCACCAUGAGAACACGGAGAGACAAUCUUGAAGUAACAGCUGAGUUAGAAGCUGCGGCAACUCUUAUGCAGUUCAGUGUUGCAUCAUCAUCACAUUCACAAGAAGUACUCGAAGAAUUGAAUCAAUCUUCCAGUUUUAAUCAAACAAUCAGUGAAAAAUGUGUCAGUGCAAGUACCCAAACUGAAAUCACAAACAAUGCAUUCUCAAAAUGUGUUGUUAAUCAAAGCACACAAGUACAAAUGUCCUGGUUUUCUGUUGUUAGUCUUAUUCGAACUGAAAAAGUUUUGAAAAUUUUGACUGGGCUUCCAUCAUUUGAAUUUUUGGAUCAGCUGGCAAAUUCGUAUUUAAUUGUCAAAAAGGAUUCCCGUGUAAAACGUUUAUCAAUUAAAGAACGUAUUUUGUUGACCUUUAUGAAAUGUAAAUUGGAUUUGACAUACUCAGCUUUAUGUGUUUUUUUUAUGAUAUAAGUGUACCAACAUGUAAGACUUUUUUUUUUGAAACUGUUGGGGUUUUAUCAGAUAUUUUAAAAUUGUUCAUUUAUUUGCCCUCAAAGGAAAAUAUCUUACAAAAUAUACCUAUUUGUUUUAAAAAUUACCAAACAGUACGAAUUGUCUUAGAUUGCACUGAAAUACCUGUACAAACCCCCAAAAAGUUAUGUUGUCGGAUAAAGUUAUAUUCGCAUUAUAAAAAGCAUCAUACUUUGAAAUAUAUGACCGCUGUUACUCCGUCUGGAUUUAUAUGUUAUGUAAGCCCUUCUUAUGGGGGGAGGGCAUCAGAUAAAAGUAUUUUUGAACAGUCAAAAUUAUUAGACCAAUUAGAACCCUAUGUAGACCAAAUCAUGGUCGAUAAGGGUUUUUUAAUCGACAAGGUAUGUGAUGAAUAUGGUAUUAAAUUGGUAAGGCCAGCAUUCUUAAAAAAACAAAAACAAUUUGCAAAGUCUGUGGCGUUAAGCUCUAGGGAUAUAGCUUCCGCUCGCGUACAUAUUGAGCGUGUAAACGCGAGAAUUAAAGUGUUCAAGAUAUUCAAAAAUACUUUACCGUUACAUUUAGUCUCCAUUGUAGAUUCUUUAUUUAUAAUUAUAUGUGGAGUCGUUAAUUUAAGUAAACCAAUUUUGAGGGAUAAUUUAUUUUUAACAAGCUGAAAUUUAUUUAAAUAGGAGUAUUAUAUGUAGGUAUGCAUUUUGUUUUAUAUUGUACGAAAUAAAAUAAUAAUGUAAUAUA